AUGCUGAAUGCUAAAAAUAUUAUAUCGACUACUGAAUCUUAUGUGUCACAACUUCGAUCAGUCAUGCAUUUAGUUAGACCUAUUCCAACCUCUAGGCAUAUUCAAUCACCAAUUUAUGUACAUCCAGCACUUCAAACCUGUUCUCGUGUAUUUCUGCGUAUCGAUUCCGUUAAACCAUCUCUAACUACACCUUACACUGGUCCUCAUACUGUGGUUGAACGAAUGGAUAAAAAUUUUAUUAUUGAGGUAAAUAACAAAAAGAUUACAGUUACAAUCGAUUGUUUAAAACCAGCAUAUAUGUUGUCAGAAUGUAUAAAUUCACCUGUAAUUCCUCAGUUUCCACAGGAAGUCUGCGAAGACUCAAAAAUUGUUCCAAAACAAGUAGUUACCCGAAGUGGACGUCGUGUUCAUUUUCCUAAAAAACUAAUUACUGUAAUAUGA